AUGGCGCCCAUUGUAUCAAUAAUCUUGAUUGCUAUAAAUGGGCCCACUAUAUGGGAUGCUGAAACAAGUCAAGAUAAAAUUGCUAAUUUUGAGAUGAAGCUCAUGGACAUUGACAAUGAGCAUCUUGGAAUUCCAGAAGCAGAGUAUCAUGCCAUUGUAAAUAUGCCAUCAGGUGGUCAUGGAAAACAAUGCUUGAUGGCCAUAAAAACCAUGGUGAAGUUGGAUAAAGCACUGGUAGAACCAGGCAGUGGCCAGCACAACCGUCGGCAAAAGAUACAGGCUGCCAGUAAAACCUUUAGUGACCAAGCUUUUCCCGGCAGUUUUCUGACUGCAGUCGCAUUCUCCACCUCUCCUUCUGUCACAUCUAUAGGGAAGGUAACUCAGUUGCGGAUGCCCUGGCUAGAAUGGCUUCGGAAGGGUGCCCCAACCACUUCUACACGGCCCGUGAUGACCUCCCGUGUAGAAUUAGGGGCUCUUUGGUCCUUGACAAUGCGGGGAUUGGUAUCAUCAAAACUACCUCCCCCUCCCCUGUGGAUAUGUAGCGUGUGGGCAUUCGGUUUUGUUUUGGUUUUGGGUAUAUGA